AAAAAACAAGUCAUGAAGGUGAGAAGUCAGAUGAAGACCACGGACUUGAUGUUGAUCUAGCACCAAUGAUAUAUUGCAAAGCAGGAAGCCAACCUUGCCUCAAUGCUAAACCCUAACACCAUUGUUCCCAUCUCCACACAAUACCAUGCCGUCCAAAAUAAAGCCUGUGUCCAUGCUUCUACAGCUCCUCUUCCUCAGCCUUUACCUAGCAGCCUUCACUAGUGGUGAUGACCAUCAAUUCUUCUACUCUGGCUUCUCCGAAAAUGAUCUUGUUGUGGAUGGAGCUACCACGAUCACAUCAAAUGGCCUACUUGAGCUCACCAAUGGAACGGACCAGCAAAAAGGCCAUGCCUUCUACCCAACUCCACUGCGGUUCGUGAGGUCUCCCAAUGGAACAGUGCAAUCUUUCUCCACCUCCUUUGUGUUUGCCAUCUUGUCUGUGUACACUGAUCUAAGUGCCCAUGGCAUGGCGUUUGUUGUGGCACCAAGCAGAAAUUUCUCAUCAGCUGCAUUGCCCGGUCAGUUCCUAGGCCUCACAGACAUACAGAACAACGGCAAUGUCAGCAACCACUUCUUUGUUGUUGAGCUUGAUACCAUACAAAACAAGGAGUUCAAUGAUCUCAACGCCAACCAUGCAGGUGCCAACGUCAGUGGUCUCAAAUCAUUGGAGUCCUACUAUGCUGGCUACUAUUCCGAUGAGGAUGGUAAAUUCCGCAACUUGAGCCUGAUUAGCCGUGAGGCUAUGCAAGUGUGGAUAGACUAUGAUGACAAGGUUUCCGGCAUCACAGUUACCAUGGCUCCUUUGAAGGUUGCCAGGCCUAUAAAGCCACUAUUCACAACCACCUACAACCUCACAGGUGUUGUUACAGAUGUUGCAUACAUCGGCUUCUCCUCUGCAACUGGCACAAUCAAUUCACGGCAUUAUGUGCUUGGCUGGAGCUUCAGCAUGAAUGGUCCUGCUCCUGUCAUUGAUAUUGCUAGGCUACCUAAGUUACCACGAAUGGGACCAAGGCCUCGAUCUAAGGUAUUGGACAUUGUUCUACCAAUAGCAACAGCUGCAUUUGUCCUCACUGUUGGCACUGCUGUUUUCCUACUCAUUCGAAGGAAUUUGAAGUAUGCUGAGCUGAGGGAAGAUUGGGAGGUUGAGUUUGGACCACACCGAUUCUCCUAUAAGGAUUUGUUCUAUGCAACAGAAGGAUUCAAGGACAAGAACUUGCUAGGUAUUGGAGGAUUCGGGAGGAUUUACAAGGGGAUACUUCCAGUGUCUAAAUUGGAGGUAGCAGUGAAAAGAGUGUCUCAUGAUUCUAAGCAGGGCAUGAAGGAAUUCAUUGCAGAGGUUGUUAGCAUAGGACAUAUCCAACAUCGCAAUUUGGUGCGUGUGCUGGGCUAUUGCCGAAGAAGAGGCGAAUUAUUUUUGGUGUACGAGUACAUGCCGAAUGGAAGUGUUGACAAGUACUUGUAUGGUAAAGAAGGGAAGCCAAUUCUUAGUUGGGCUAAUAGAUGGCAUAUCAUCAAAGGCAUUGCAUCUUGUUUGCUCUACCUCCACGAAGAGUGGGAAAAAGUCGUCAUCCAUCGGGAUAUCAAACCAAGUAAUGUCCUCCUAGAUAGUGACAUGAAUGGACGACUUGGUGACUUUGGCCUUGCUAGGUUAUAUGACCAUGACACUGAUCCACAAACAACACACGUCGUUGGAACAAUAGGGUACCUAGCUGAGGGACCGAAACUGGUAGUGGAACCGGAUAUCGAUGUAUUUGGUUAUGGAGUGUAG